UUCCCAAGCGGAGUUUCCACGACAGCUGGAAGCCGAGCGGGUAAAAGGCGCAUCGCUUCUUUCCUGAAAUAAUCUGAAAAAUUACACGACUUCUGCUCGUCCCAGCUCCUCCAGAUAAACCCUGGUCUGGCAUGGGCGACAAGCGGAGCCCCACAAGGCCGAAGCGUCAACCGAAGCCCUCCUCCGACGAGGGGUUUUGGGACUGCAGCGUGUGCACCUACAAGAACACGGCAGAGGCUUUUAAGUGCAUGAUGUGUGAUGUGAGGAAGGGGACGUCAACAAGGAAGCCUCGUCCCGUCUCCCAGCUCGUCUCUCAGCAGCAGGUAACGCAGCAGUUUGUUUUACCGUUGCAGCCCAAAAAGGAAAAGAAGGACAAGGUCGAGAGGGACAAGAGCGAAAGAGAGCCGGCGCCUAAGAGGAACAGUCACAAGAAGAUGAGGCCAAGAUUAAAAAACAUUGACCGCAGCAGUGCCCAGCACCUAGAGGUGACAGUCGGCGACCUCACGGUCAUCAUAACAGACUUUAAGGAGAAGGCCAAGCCAUCGUCCACCUCUGCCCCUUCUUCCAGCUCCGCGUCAUCGGCCGACCAUCUCAGCCAGAAUGGCUCCGGAUCAGAAAACACGGAAAAGGGUCUUUCUCACCCUUCCUUAUCCCGAGGAGAGGGAAGCUCAGUCAACGGAGAGUCCCACUGAUUCUCCUAACACCUCACUGGCAGCCUGCAUCUACAGGGCCCUGUCUACUGUCAUUAGUGGAAAAACUUAUUUGGUGGAAGGGGAUUGAUAUUUUCAAGAAGAUUUUGCUUUUGAAAGGUAAGAUUUGUUGUGCUUAGCCAGCUGAAAGAUUCUCCACAACAUUAUGAAGACAUGUUUUGCUGAACUGACUAAAGUCCGCUGCUAGAAUAUGGACUUCCAAAAAGUUUGGUCCUGAUGAGGAACUUCUUAGUAAAACUUGGGACAAACUUUGGACAGAGUACUCGACCACCUUGAGUUGAGAUUUAACAUGUCCUACUGUUGGCACCAUCAUCGUCGUGGGCAACCUCUUCUACCACUACCUGGAGAUUUUCUGUUCAAAAACUCAAAGCAAACCUUUCCUGCUGAUCUGCAACCUUCUUCUCUCGACCACGUCGGUUUAUUUGCUUAAUAUCUGUAGCAGGUGUGGUAAUGAAAGCAUGACUCAAGAUGUAAAAGUCAUCUGGCUGAAAAUCACACUGAUUUGAAAAGUUAACUUGUUGUGCUGAACAGUAAGCAAGGAACACUGUUUACUAGCCACAUUAAGACUUAAAGUAUCUUUGUACUUUUAGUCCCAGAUAGUAAGACUCCAUCAGGAUGCCUGGUGUUAUUUUAACUUCGCUACAGUUCUAAUCAGAAGUUGACAUUCACUCAUAGGCAGCAGUGUCACAUGAAUUUUGGGCUUUGUACACAAAUUUAAACUUGUGGAAUUGCUCCACUCAUGAUCAAAGAUACACUUACAGGUUCAAAUAUUUACAGUACACACAUCUGCAGCAAUAUUUGAAAAAUGACCAUUCGUCAGUUGUAGAUCAACAAGCAUCUGGUAUAAUUCUUGCUGUGACCAAUCAUCUUAGCAAAAAUACUGCAGUUCAUUUAAAAGUGUUGGUUCCAUGACAUGGAGCCAGCCUUAAAGCUUAGCCUAUAAAGUUGGCUGUUUCCAAAACUCAAUAUUAACCUUCUUUAUCCGUUCCAGAACCAGUCUUGAUGUGUUUGGAAUCAUCGUCUUGUUGGAUCAGUUAAUUGUGUACAAGUUUUAAACCUCUUUGGAGGUAGUCCUCCUUCUUGCAAUGUGCCAGUUCCACUAGCAGUGAAAUAUAAACAAACCCUUAUCAUGAUGCUGCCACCACCGUGAUUGACAGUAGGUAUGGCCUUCCUAAGUUUGGCCUGACCUUGUCUUCUCCCAACUUACUUGUAGUUGUGACUGAAAAGUUGUUGUUUUGUUCCCUUCUAUCUUUAAGAAACCUUUCUCCAGAAAGCAUUUGACUUACCCAUGUCCAUGGCAGCUACAAACCUCACUCAAGCUUGAAAGUGUAAUUUUAGGUCAAUAUUUCCUUUCGUCUGAAAGUGACAGUUCAGGUGAGACAGUGGAAACCUGACCUAACAGGAAAAUGAUCCCAAACACAUGUAAAAGCUACUUUUGGGAGGCUUGCGUUGACCUUUCUGAAUGUUCACCCCAGAGCCCCGACCAUAACCCUAUUGAACAUGUUUAGACUAAGCUUAAAAACCUGUUCUGUGGCCGGAGACCAACGAAUUUUGAUAAACUCUACAACUUCUGUCAAGAAUACAAAAGUAUUCCCUGUCAGCCUCUUUCAGCCCCUGUUUUUGACCUGCUGGCUCUACGUUGACACACUAAAACCUGUUUGAAUCUUUCUCAUGCUUUUUCCACCACUUUUCCUCUAUAUAAAGUAAAUAAACUAUUAGCAUUCAUAUUGAUGACACACCAGGAAUUGAUUUUGUCAAGAACUUCCCUCAGAUGGAGAUUUAUAUUUAUAGACAAGUUCUAAUGGCUGGUGCUAUGCAAAUAUGCAACAUUUUUGUGCUUUUUUUUUUUUAACUGGAGCUUAUUUCAAACCAGGGUUAAUGUUAAAAAGUCGCUGAUCGCACAGUGAGGAACAUAUCUCUACUGCAUAUAAGAGGUGGGAAAGUGGCUGUAGCUAUAAAUGACUUGCUUCAUGUAAUCCUUGUGAUCUGCAGAAAAGGCUCCACUUGCUUCAAGUCUUAGUGAAAAAGCACAAGAAGCCAACUUCUGCCACUUGAUGCAAAAUGUGGGGAAAAAUAAGAGUGGACUUCUUCGAGACGAACUUUGACAAACUGAGAGGACUUCAGAAACUGUUUUGAAAAUUCCAACUUUAGAGGAUGAUGUCCACCGCAGAUAAACCCAACUCCACCAUAACCUCUAAAACCUGUAGAAUUGUUAAACAGAGAAAAAUAGCUUUCUAUAAUAUUCUACUACAAUGUUUGGAUGUGGUUAUAUUCUUCAUCAUAUCAGUGUCGUCAAGAGUUUUACGUUUUAGCUCACGGCCGGAGAAGUAUCACAGCAUGAUAUUAUUAUUAAAGUCUUGAUAUAUUGUGGAAAAGGCGGCGUCUCUUAGUUGUUAGGACUGUUUUGUGUCUCGGUUGCAUUCACCACUCUAGCUGGAACUAAGUGUGUGUACUCAAAUAUUCCUUUGUGGCAAAAAUGGAAGGAAAACUAAAAUGCAACUUUGUCACCUCUUGGUAGUUUUUUUUUGUUGUUAUUUUAAUGCUUUGCCAUGCUCAUUUGUUUAAAAUGUGUUUAUUAUGUGUCUAAAUGAGAAACUUACCAAAUUAAAAACCAGAAA